AUGGAAGGGCAUGGGGAGAGCACCAGGACCAAUCAGAUGGAAGGGCCUGAGGAGAGCACCAGGACCAAUCAGAUGGAAGGGCAUGAGGAGAGCACCAGGACCAAUCAGAUGGAAGGGCAUGGGGAGAGCACCAGGACCAAUCAGAUGGAAGGGCAUGGGGAGAGCACCAGGACCAAUCAGAUGGAAGGGCAUGGGGAGAGCACCAGGACCAAUCAGAUGGAAGGGCCUGAGGAGAGCACCAGGACCAAUCAGAUGGAAGGGUAUGAGGAGAGCACCAGGACCAAUCAGAUGGAAGGGCAUGGGGAGAGCACCAGGACCAAUCAGAUGGAAGGGCAUGGGGAGAGCACCAGGACCAAUCAGAUGGAAGGGCAUGGGGAGAGCACCAGGACCAAUCAGAUGGAAGGGCAUGGGGAGAGCACCAGGACCAAUCAGAUGGAAGGGCAUGGGGAGAGCACCAGGACCAAUCAGAUGGAAGGGCAUGGGGAGAGCACCAGGACCAAUCAGAUGGAAGGGCAUGGGGAGAGCACCAGGGCCAAUCAGAUGGAAGGGCAUGGGGAGAGCACCAGGACCAAUCAGAUGGAAGGGCAUGGGGAGAGCACCAGGACCAAUCAGAUGGAAGGGCAUGGGGAGAGCACCAGGACCAAUCAGAUGGAAGGGCCUGAGGAGAGCACCAGAACCAAUCAGAUGGAAGGGCAUGAGGAGAGCACCAGGACCAAUCAGAUGGAAGGGCAUGGGGAGAGCACCAGGACCAAUCAGAUGGAAGGGCAUGGGGAGAGCACCAGGACCAAUCAGAUGGAAGGGCAUGGGGAGAGCACCAGGACCAAUCAGAUGGAAGGGCAUGGGGAGAGCACCAGGACCAAUCAGAUGGAAGGGCAUGGGGAGAGCACCAGGACCAAUCAGAUGGAAGGGCAUGGGGAGAGCACCAGGACCAAUCAGAUGGAAGGGCAUGGGGAGAGCACCAGGACCAAUCAGAUGGAAGGGCAUGGGGAGAGCACCAGGGCCAAUCAGAUGGAAGGGCCUGAGGAGAGCACCAGGACCAAUCAGAUGGAAGGGCAUGGGGAGAGCACCAGGACCAAUCAGAUGGAAGGGCAUGGGGAGAGCACCAGGACCAAUCAGAUGGAAGGGCAUGGGGAGAGCACCAGGACCAAUCAGAUGGAAGGGCAUGGGGAGAGCACCAGGACCAAUCAGAUGGAAGGGCAUGGGGAGAGCACCAGGACCAAUCAGAUGGAAGGGCAUGGGGAGAGCACCAGGGCCAAUCAGAUGGAAGGGCAUGGGGAGAGCACCAGGACCAAUCAGAUGGAAGGGCAUGGGGAGAGCACCAGGACCAAUCAGAUGGAAGGGCAUGGGGAGAGCACCAGGACCAAUCAGAUGGAAGGGCCUGAGGAGAGCACCAGAACCAAUCAGAUGGAAGGGCAUGAGGAGAGCACCAGGACCAAUCAGAUGGAAGGGCAUGGGGAGAGCACCAGGACCAAUCAGAUGGAAGGGCAUGGGGAGAGCACCAGGACCAAUCAGAUGGAAGGGCAUGGGGAGAGCACCAGGACCAAUCAGAUGGAAGGGCAUGGGGAGAGCACCAGGACCAAUCAGAUGGAAGGGCAUGGGGAGAGCACCAGGACCAAUCAGAUGGAAGGGCAUGGGGAGAGCACCAGGACCAAUCAGAUGGAAGGGCAUGGGGAGAGCACCAGGGCCAAUCAGAUGGAAGGGCAUGGGGAGAGCACCAGGACCAAUCAGAUGGAAGGGCAUGGGGAGAGCACCAGGACCAAUCAGAUGGAAGGGCAUGGGGAGAGCACCAGGACCAAUCAGAUGGAAGGGCAUGGGGAGAGCACCAGGGCCAAUCAGAUGGAAGGGCAUGGGGAGAGCACCAGGACCAAUCAGAUGGAAGGGCAUGGGGAGAGCACCAGGACCAAUCAGAUGGAAGGGCAUGGGGAGAGCACCAGGACCAAUCAGAUGGAAGGGCAUGGGGAGAGCACCAGGACCAAUCAGAUGGAAGGGCAUGGGGAGAGCCUCAGGACCAAUCAAAUAGCAGCUCAUACACUCCCAGCAGCUUUUGAUUCUUAA